UUGCCCCUUUUUUUUUUUAACAACAAAGCAUGUGUCAAACACACAAGCCGCCUACGCGGACCUAAAAGAGAACUAAGGUCGAAGCAGCCUUUUUCUGCACACAGCAGCUGCAGUGCGAGAGCAUGCUGUGUUAAUCACUUUCAGCGUCUUCAAGGACGGAAAAGCGAGAAACAACACGGCAUCUAUAGAAAACACACCGGAUAUGGUACAAAGACAGUUCGUUUACAAGGUGUCGUCUUUUCGGUCUGUAAUAUAAGGAGGGGGAUGGACGAGGCUGUGCUCUCUCUCGGGUCCCUAGACUCUGCCUUUGUGUCCAAUUCAGUGGAGCAAGGUGGCGGAAGAUGGAAACAUCCGAGUGAAGACCCGGAGCGGAGUUCAAGCCCUUCAGUUCUUAGGUCCACGGCCUCAAAAUGGAAAGAAAGCCUUCUGAACCGCAAGAGGCCCUUCGUUGGAAGGUGUUGCCACUCUUGCAGUCCUCAGAGUCAUGAGAAGCUUUUUAAUCCCAGCAUUCCCUCACUUGGCCUGCGCAAUGUCAUCUAUAUCAAUGAAACACAUACUAGGCAUAGAGGCUGGUUGGCCAGACGACUGUGCUAUGUCCUGUUUGUUUUGGAGCGGGAUGUUCAAAAGGACAUGUUUGCCAGGAACGUGAUGGAGAAUGUGUUGAACAACAGCAGGGUCCAAAAGGCUACUAUAGAUGUGGCAGAAGAAAACAGCCCAGGUUUGGAAUCCCAGCUAGACCACAAGGCUGUUCGCAAAGUAAAGAGAAAGGCAAGAGCAAUCCUCCAGGAAAUGGUGGCCAACAUUUCACCUGCUUUUAUCAGGAUAACCGGCUGGGUGCUGUUGAAGUUGUUUAAUGGGUUCUUCUGGAGCAUUCAGAUACACAAGGGCCAGCUGGAGAUGGUGAAGAAAGCUGCGACCGAGCACAAUGUUCCUUUGGUCUUUCUACCAGUCCAUAAAUCUCAUAUAGACUAUUUGCUGAUCACCUUCGUCCUCUUCUGUUACAACAUCAAAGCACCGCACAUUGCUGCUGGGAACAACCUCAAUAUCCCUAUCUUCAGCACAUUGAUUCGCAAACUUGGCGGCUUCUUCAUACGCCGCAGGCUGGAUGAGACUCCUGGUGGAAAGAAGGAUGUCUUGUAUAGGUCACUUCUCCAUGUGUACACCGAGGAGCUGCUGAGGCAGCACCAGUUUAUGGAGAUUUUCCUGGAGGGCACUCGUUCCCGCAGUGGCAAAGCCUCCCCAGCCAGAGCAGGCCUUCUCUCCAUUGUUGUGGACAGCCUGUGCUCUGGGUCCAUUCCUGACGUUCUCAUUGUCCCUGUGGGGAUCUCCUAUGACCGAAUCAUCGAGGGAAACUACAACAGAGAACAACUGGGUAAGCCUAAGAAGAAUGAGAGCCUGUGGGGAGUGGCGCAGGGCGUUUUCAGAAUGCUACGCAAGAACUAUGGCUGUGUCCGAGUGGACUUUACACAGCCCUUCUCAUUAAAGGAGUAUCUUGAUACUCAAAGAAAUCGACCGCUUCCUGCACAGCUGACCCUAGAGCAGAUCUUGGUUCCAACCAUCCUCUCAUCCUCUCGUCCAAACCAGGUCCUGUUUGACGAGGAGGCUGAGCGUCAUAACCUCAGAGACCUGACGGACGAACCCUGGAGACGACAAGUGAUUUCCAACUUGGCAAAGCAUGCCCUAUUCACUGCCAAUAAAUCAUCGGCUGUGAUGUCCACUCAUAUAGUAGCUUGUUUACUUUUGUACAGACACAGACAGGGUGUCUGCUUGUCGAAGCUGGUGGAGGACUUCUUUUACAUGAAGGAGGAGGUUCUUGCUCGUGAUUUUGAUCUGGGCUUUUCGGGCAACUCUGAGGAUGUGGUCAUGCAUGCUUUGCACCUUUUUGGAAACUGUGUUAACAUUACCAGUGCCAGCCGCAACACUGAGUUCUUCAUCUCUCCCAGCACAGCUAUCCCUGCCUUAUUUGAACUAAACUUCUAUAGUAAUGGCUUGUUUCACGUUUUCAUUACUGAAGCCAUCAUUGCUUGCUGUUUCUUUGCUAUGCUGAGGGAAAAUACCACAGAAGUGGUACAGGGCACAUCAAAGAUAUUGGUAAGCCAAGAAAGACUGAUCCGAAAAGCUGCUGGCCUCUCUCACUUCUUGUCUAAUGAAGUGGCUGUUGCUCUGCCUUGCCAGAUGCUAUACCAGGUUUUCCAUGAAGCAGUGGGGAGAUUAAUCCAUCGUGGCACCCUUCUGGUUGCAGAGGAAGAUCAGGAAGAUCUGAGCCCCAGCCCGACAGAGGAACCCUGGCCAAAAAAAUAUCCGGAGCCUCUGUCGUGGAGGAGUGAUGAAGAGGAUGAAGAUAGUGACUUUGGAGAGGAGCAGAGAGACCGGUACCUCAAGGUGAGCUCAUCGCCAGAGCAUCAGGAGUUCAUGACCUUCCUGCAGAGCAUUCUGGGUCCUGUAGUGGAGGCCUACAGUUCAGCUGCCAUCUUUGUCCACAGUUUGAGGGGCCCUGUCACAGAGAAGGAUUACACCAACCAGCUGUUUAAAUACCUGAUAACAAGGACAGAGAUGAAAGUGGCUGCUUUUGGCGAGAGUGCCACCCACCAUCUUGUGAAAAAUACAGUGAAGACCUUUAAAGAACUUGGGGUGUUCAAAGAAAAGCGUGAAAACAGCGUGAGCGUCCUGGAGCUGAGCAGCACCUUUCUACCUCAAGCUAACCGUAACAAGCUGCUCCAGUACAUCCUUCACUUCAGCGUGUUAUAAAACAAACCCUCGCCUUCACUGGCACAGGGGCUUGUACUGUCAAACACAAGGUGCUGUUCUAGCUUUACCUGGAAGUGCCUUUAUCAAGUACUAACAAAUAUUAGACUGUGUCAUGUACAGUUAUUAACGCACAGCAGCCAUCAUGCUUGAAAUGCAAACAAUCCCAUUAACACCGAUGCAUUCAUAGUCUGUCCUUGUACAUUGGCCUGUCAAAGCCCUCUUCUGUGUUGUAAAAAUCAGGGUGUUUUUUCUUUCUCAACUCACUACUUGCUAAUAACUGAAUAUCACACACAGUCCUAAAAAUACAUACGGUUGCUAUUUGUAUAAAAAAUAUGUAGAAGAUGGAACUGGGAAUACACUACAAUUAAUGUAAGGGCAUUACUUUUCUUGAAGUGUGAAACUGAAAUUAGGGAUAUGCUGUUUUUAAAUUGCAGUUACAGCACAAUGCCCUUUUAAAUAAGAAGGAAGUGGUAGCUCUUGAUUUAUUUGUAAAGAUUAUUGCAAUGUAAUUUGACGGUUGUCUGAAAUGGAGCCUCUAAAAGCAUGUGCGAUUGGGACAAGGGAUACAUGAGUUAACAGUUAGUUGUCAUAUCUCUGAUGGAGAGAUAAUGAAUUCCUUUUUUGAAGUGUGUACCUCUUUCUGGCCUGAGUUACAUCAUCAUAAUAAUAAUAAUAAUAAUAUUAUUUUUACAUAGCGUCUUUCAUAGUGGGCCACCAUCACAAAGCGCUUUACAAGAUACGAGACUAGGGUGUGUGAACUAUGCAUCAGUUGCAGAGUUGAAAGACGGAGCACAAGGAGGUUAAGUGACUUGCUCAGGGUCACACAAUGAGUCAGUGGCUGAGCUGGGAUUUGAACCGGGGACCUCCUGGUUACAAACCUGUUUCUUUAACCACUGGACCACACAGCCUCCUAUGUGCAAUUCAACACUGAGGUACAGUCAGUCAAAUUAAUAAAGUGUAAUAAAAUAAAAAAAACUUUAGUUUUCUUUUAUUAAAAUAAGUUCAUUAAAGUUUUAUUUUAGUUUAUUAAAAUAAAAGUAAACCUUAGUUUGAGCCAGACUAACAGUUGCUCUGUGAAGAUUAACAGAGUCAGCAUAUUACUGAAACAACUUUCAGCAUUGUUUUCACACUGGUUAUAGUGGACAAGGCAUGGGAUUCUUGUUGUAGUAUACACAUUGCAAUACUGUACAUGUGAAGGAGGUGAUUAAGAGAGCUAGAGUGGUAAGCUUCAGAGCACCAUGGUUGGGCAUGACUAUCUAGCAGAAUAGAUAGCGAUAACACUGGGGCAUCUUGCUCCCAUUGUCCUGGAUGUAUAUCCUGUACUGUUUCCUUGUUCUAUUUCAUAGCUUUAGUUAUGCAUCAGAAUAGCUCUUGCUGUGUAUACAAAGCCUGCUUUUAGGAAUGCUGCACUGCAUCACAAACUAACAUAUCAUACAGACUGCAGCAGAGUUUAGACAGACAUACUCUUCAGCAGCUGCCCGGGCCACUGUGACAUAGCCUCCAAGCCUCGCAGGUGAAGUGCUGCAGAUGCUUUUUAAAACCAACGCCUUCUAGUGCAGUUUUAACCAAAAGCCAUAUAACAUAAACUGAGAGCCUGUUGAUGUACUGCUGUUUUGAAUUUCAUAAGAUACAGUACGUAGAUCCUAAAAUAUUUUUCAAUUGCAUGAUUUGCCAGUAUCAUGUGUUCUCUGUGUUAAGAGCGUCAAACUUUUAUCUCGGAAGUGCUGAGAAUAGUUCCUAAAUUCAAGAUGCAGGUUUUUGUUUGUUUGUUUGUUUUUUUCUUUUUGGUGUAGAAGAAAAUCGGUUGUUAUCUUGGUGUGCUUUGUGAAGGAUACACAACAGUUUUUAAUUGUGUCUUCAGAAAUGCAGAUCACUGCUUACCACUAAGGUACAUGCUUAGUAAUGAUUGUAGAUGCUGUGUGUUGCAUUGUCGUCUUACGUUUGUAAAACUGUACCAAGCUUGUUUACAUGUGUAGAAAAUCCAAUAAUCCAACGCAUGUUGAAAAUCUUAAAUCGAGGAAAUGUACCUCUCUACUAACCCUGUUAUAUGUGAAAUCAGUGCAGGGGACAGUGCAUUCGGCUAAGAUGUGCAUUUGUUGUACAUGCUUUUUUGAGUUUUCACCUACAGCAAAAGUAGUUUACAGUGAAGAUAGCAAAAACCACAGAUCCAUUUUCCAUGCCUUGGUAAACAGUAUGCAAAUAACUGGAGCUAGGUAUGAGAUUAUGCACUUUCACACAAAAACAUAUUUGUAAAAAUAACCAUCAUUAAAAUGUGAGUAUGGGGAUCUGGUUUCCUGUUCAGCUGCGGUUCAAGACCAUUAACACUUAUUGCUGGUUGGUAAUCUGCUGUGGUUUGCGUCAUGUCGUACUAAAGAUUUUUAAAAUGAUAGCUCUGAAUGUUUUGUUUAGCCUCUGAUUUGAAUAUGAAUUGAGAUGACCUGAGGAAGUAAGUCCCAGGAAGACUUUUUACCCUGCGGGGAUUUUAAUAUUGGCUCUGGAAAAAGAUUGAAUUACAUGAAAUUGCUUUGCAAACAAGUUUGAGAAGCAAGAGCUCAUGAUUUAAACUUUUAAAAUUAAAUUAAAAAUGUGAAUGCCAUUACUCUGUAAUAACGCAAUAAUCAUAACUGCAGGAAUAUUUAUCAGGUCAAUACGUUUUUUUUAAUGCAUGCUUCUUAUUGUUACAAGACUUCUGCAGCAGGCUGUAUUUGAAUAACCCAACUGCUGGUGAAACCUAGUUUUUAUAAUCACUGGUCUGGUUAUGCGUAUUGAGUUGUACCGGUGUUUGGAGUAUAAAUUCGGUUUGUUUCUGUCCUGUAACAUUAAUCCUGUAGUGCAAUGCACAGUUGUCAUUCAAUGUGUUUGUUUUUAAAAUAAAGUAACAAACUAACCAGACAAA